CACACAGCAAUGACAAAGACAAAAUUCACAUUACAAAACAAACUAAUUUAUUAACUACGUAAAAUAAUGCAAGAGAAACAUCUCAUACGUCUCUAACACCUACAUAAAAAAAAAAGAUAAAAUAAACAAACAAAAAUAAAUACAGUAAAACAGUUGCCCUGUGCACAGGCGAGAUACAAAGUGAUCACAAAUAGGACACUCCACCCGCACGCACUGCGGGGUAGCAGGUCAAAUGUCCGCUCAAGGUGUCCGCUGGGCGGCAGCCCGCCCUCUGGCCCUGCGUGCCACCCCAGCGCUGACCCCUACCUCCCUCUUCCUCUCCUCCAGCUGGCCCCCCUCACUCCUCUCGAAAGGGUUGACGAUGUUGUUGACGUUUACAAACAGAUGAGCGGCGAUAUACAUCUUCCAUCUCGCCAUCUCCAGAAAAAAUUCCCAGUCACCACCACUUAAGGUUUCUAGUCCGUCCUCACGACCGGAACACUAGCUGGAAUUUCACUCCCGAAGACAGAGGUCUGCAAUCCGCCGCCAUCGAGAUCCUUCACCUCUUUUUUCCCGCCAAAAACGUAAAAUAAAACCUACAAAAUUGCGUCAGAUUAUGACGCAGCAACCCCCUCCUCCCCUCAGAACUAAGGCUCGGGCUAAGCCAGCAUUCGACACGCGACUUAUGCAAGUCCGCAUGUCCUUCAUUAGUAGAGUGAGGCACGCGAAUGUGCACAGAGAGCGAGAGACACACACACCCACUCAUCCACAUGCUCAAAUUUAAAUGCGGAAGUACACAUAAGAAUACAGAUACAAGGAUGGACAAGAGAGUUACCUACACACGCCCGCCACAACAUCCAUCCACACACACACACUUUUCUCACGAACUCACCUACUGACAGUUGCGGACUCACACACACGGAUGUAGCUCCCCCUGAGUUGUUUUUCUCAUCAGCUGUGCUCUACGGUAAUCAUACCACUUCAACUCCGCUUCCUUCCUCCCCUACUUUGCCCGCUAACAGCUAUUUGCAUUGGCUAGAUUGGACACCUCGGUAAUCCCCCCAGUCAACAAACAUGGGCCUCCUGUACAGUCUGGCUUUCCCAAAGCAGGAUGAGAAGGAGAAACCGAAUCCACUCAUCAUUGAUGUGGAAGAAGUUCUGGCAGAAGCUGCCUGGGACAUGUACAUCCACGCCUAUGGCCCUUUCCGCAGGAAGUUUAUCAAGAGGGAGAACUUCACCAUAGAGGUUCCAAUGAACUACUACCACUUUGAACAAGGGCCACCCAAAAUAACAGUGAGGCACGUAGGACAAACACGACACAAUCUGAGUACAGACACAGAUGGCGCACGACAAGCCGUCCAAGAAGGGAGAGGGGUACCGGAAAUGAUCGGCCUGGAGACGAGGUUCAACAACGACACGGAAACCGAGCAGAAGUACAACUUCAACUUCCAGAAGGAGAGGUCAGCGUCUGUCGAGGUCACCUACCACCGAGGAUUCUCCAUCGGUGGCAAAGCUAAUUUUGCUCUCGGGGUCCCCAAAGUUACUGGGGAGGGUAAAGUUGGCAUCGACAUUGAAACUCAUGUGAAGGUUACCAAGAUAACGGGCGAAAGACACGAGGAGAGAGUGACGACCUCUGCGACAAGCGAGAUAACUGUGGCUCCCCACAGCCACUACACCGCCACCGUCGUCAUGGAGGAGCGAUCGAUGGUUGCUGACUUUGAGAUCCCUGUGACCAUGACCCUGCCGGCAAAGCGAGGUCUCGUCUACAUCAAGAUGAAGGAGACUGGCGAAGUGGUUUAUGUCCAAAACGUCACCAACUUGCCCUUCUACUUCCUCAAAUUUCAGGAUGUCCAAAUUCUCAACGCCAAUGGCGAGGUCAUCGAUAAAACUAAAGAGCUUAAUGCCCAAUGCAAGGAUAUUCGUUUCAAAAUCGCUGGGAUCGUGAACGGUGUUCAGCUCUCUAGCCACUGCAUCAACCUCAGACAGACAGGCGUGGUCACUGCAGACAGCAAUCCUGUUGCGGUUUCUCCCAAAGUAAGUUCCCGAGAGCCUAAAGGCAAAGCCUUGCUGACUGCUUCGAAACCGUCAGGCGGAAGUGGGGCCACCACCACGGAUGUGGCAAGCAGCAGCAGUGCGCAGGACCCGGUGCGCAGCCAGGGUGUGGGGGACCGGAUCCUCCAGGUGGCGCCCAGUUCAGACGCUUCAGCAAUGGAAGGCGUUCAGCAGGCCAUUGUCCAGCAGGCCAAAGACAGUGGUGCCGUGCAUGUUCCUGGACGAUGGUUAGAAUUCUAGUUUUGACCAGAAAAUAUGGCAUUGCUCGGCUAACAUUUUUAAACGCAGCUAUUUGCUUCGUACAUGAAGUCAAAAAAUGUAACAUUGGGUCGCAACAUGUAAUAUUUUGUAAACAAUAUGUAACGACCUAUAGCACGAUCUCUCUAUUAUGUUAUUAGUGGUGUAGGAUUCCAACACUGCCAAAACUUUCAUAAUGCUUUGGUGCCAAUUUGAAUCAACUUUACUCCAAAUAAUUCAUGUGACUGUAUGCGUGCGUGUGCUUUUGGUGGACAGAUUUUUUUAUAGGUAACACUGUCUCUUCAGGAUUAGUCGAACUUGAUAUUGUGGAGUGAUAGUGUGUCUGGCAUACAACUCAGUAUAAUUGUGUUGUUUUGGCAUUUUUUUUUUCAAAUGAGAAACACAGUUUCGUUUAUGUUGCCUUGACUAUAAACUUAAUUGGGAAAUUAUUGGUCGUAGCACAGUAUAGAAGUAUUUAAUAAUUUAUGUCUUUAAGUUUUUAAAAUUUUGCAUACAUAUAAAUGUAUAUACUUGAUAAAAAAAGCAAUGUUUUUUUGUACUUAAAGAACCUCACCUCAUUAUCUUCAUUAUCCUUUGUUAGAUUAAGAUUAACCAUUGUACAGUAUUUUUGAAUAUUCUUUUGGGCCUGGGGUCAGGACUUUUAAAUAAAGAUCAA